AACUUUGUCGCUGGAGCUCAAAAAACGGCGACGUAUCGUAAAGGUAGAUGAAAGUUUGAAGAAGCAGCUAUGCUCUGCACAAGCUUCCAGAAAGAAGAAAAUAAAAUCUAGAGAGAGAGAGAUCCAAAAUAUCGGAUUCAAUCGUCGUCGGAUUUUCCUAGAGUAGAGAUAGAGAUAGUUUUUGUCUCCCAUUGCGUCUGGAUCGGUGAAUAUGGAGGUGGAUAAGCGAAGCAGCGACGGUGGUGAAUACACGUCGGAGGACGAAGGGACGGAGGAUUACCGGCGCGGCGGUUACCACGCCGUGAGGAUCGGAGACUCCUUCAAGAACGGUCGGUACGUUGUUCAGAGCAAACUCGGCUGGGGCCAUUUCUCCACUGUCUGGCUCUCCUGGGACACUCAAUCUUCUAGAUAUGUGGCUUUGAAGGUUCAAAAGAGUGCUCAGCACUAUACUGAAGCUGCCAUGGAUGAGAUCACCAUACUGCAACAGAUUGCAGAGGGAGAUACUGAUGAUACCAAAUGUGUUGUGAAGCUUUUGGAUCAUUUCAAACACUCAGGUCCGAAUGGGCAGCAUGUAUGUAUGGUUUUUGAGUACUUGGGAGAUAAUCUGUUAACCCUCAUAAAGUAUUCUGACUAUCGUGGCUUGCCUAUUGCCAUGGUUAAGGAGAUUUGUUAUCACAUGUUGGUUGGAUUAGACUACUUGCAUAAACAGCUCUCCAUCAUACAUACUGAUCUGAAGCCUGAAAACGUCUUGUUACCGUCAACGAUUGAUCCAUCGAAAGAUCCCAGGAAGUCUGGAGCUCCUCUUGUUCUCCCCACUGAUAAGGAUAAGACAGUUGACUCCAAUGGAGAUUUUGUCAGGAGUCAAAAGAAAGACGUACAUCGAAAGGUAAAGCUUUCGGCUCAGGGAAGUGCAGAGAAGAAGAGCAUUGUUGAUUCUGACAAAGUUCACGGAGUGGGAUCAUCCAUUAAUGGAAAACUGAGUGUUGCAGAGAAAUCGAUUGAAGAAGACUGUCCUUCUACUUCUGCCACUAAUGGAUUAGAUGGCUGCGAGAAAGUAAAGCAAGGCGGUAAGAAAGGGAGUCGAACGAGUAGAAGGCACCUUGUGGCAUCUGUUGACCUCAAGUGUAAACUUGUUGACUUUGGUAAUGCGUGUUGGACAUACAAACAGUUCACCAGCGACAUUCAAACGAGACAGUAUAGGUGUCCUGAAGUAAUCCUUGGAUCUAAAUAUUCGACAUCGGCAGAUCUCUGGUCCUUUGCGUGCAUAUGUUUUGAGCUUGCCACUGGAGAUGUACUUUUCGAUCCCCAUAGUGGAGACAAUUAUGAUAGAGAUGAGGACCACUUGGCUUUGAUGAUGGAGCUUCUCGGAAUGAUGCCACGCAAGAUAGCUUUAGGAGGCCGCUACUCCAGAGAUUUCUUCAAUAGGCAUGGUGAUCUUCGACACAUCAGAAGACUGCGUUUCUGGCCCAUGAACAAAGUCCUUACCGAGAAGUACGAGUUCAGUGAGCAAGAUGCAAAUGACUUGAGUGAUUUUCUUGUUUCGAUUCUUGAUUUCGUCCCGGAGAAACGACCAACUGCGUCUCAGUGUCUUUUACAUCCCUGGAUCAACUCUGGUCCUCGUUCUCUAGAACCUUCACUCUCACCUCAAGACCAAAAACCCGAAGCCAAGCUUGAUACAGAGAGAAAGAAGAGAGAGAACGAGGAGCAAGAAGCUGUCGAGGCUAAAAUGGAGAACGUCGCCAUAUCAUCCUCAGAAUCCAAACCAGGUACGAGCCAAAGCUCCUCUCUUAAGCAAGCAAUUUGACUUACUGAGAGAUUUGCCUGUUUAGUUCUGUUCCGUGAUUGAGCGAGGGCAAAUUGUGAUUUUUAAAAAUCGCGUCCUGUGCCAAUGAGAACUUGAAGCCAGAACCAUCCCAAGCUGUUUAAUAGAAAGACAAAAACUUGAGCUCUCGAAAAUUUCGUAUCUGCAGAGUGAUAUACUGUUUGUUGUACUUUCACGAUUCCAAGUACCAUUAUUCACAUUUAACAUAUAUUUUGAUUGGAUAUAUAUACAUCUACUACAAUUCUGAUGCCGAGAAAA